UCGCUCCAACACGCUCAGUGGCUGCUGGCAGCCCGUGGCGUCCCGACGGCCACAGCUCCACACGGCGACUGUCCAGCAACGUCAGGUGAUCGGCGCUGCUCAAGUCGCUUAGUCUGCACAGGUACCAGUUGUAAGGAACAGAGAAUUGGUUCAAACUGAAGAAUGGAACGACUUGGUUACGAAGUAAGGACUUCAUCGGUGGUGCCUGCAUCGGCAGUCGUUAUCAUUCUGCUGGCCAGUAUUCAUCUCCUUGACACGUUCGCACUGCAGCCGUUAAGUCCCAGCAGCAUUCUAACAUCACAAACCCGAAACCUGCAGUUGGCACAACUCAAUAACCACAGGAACAUUUCCGAAAUUCUGGACGGCCUGUUGAGAGGUUAUGACAACAAUGUACGGCCCGAUUUUGGAGGUCCGCCCGCUGUCGUAGAGGUCGACAUCAUGGUGAGAAGCAUGGGCCCAAUUUCUGAAGUUGACAUGACCUACUCAAUGGACUGCUAUUUCCGGCAGUCGUGGGUGGACCGCCGACUUGCCUUUCAGGGCAACAAGGAGACGCUGGCACUCAGCAUCUCAAUGCUGCAGAGAAUUUGGAAGCCAGACACGUAUUUCUACAACGGGAAGCAGUCCUACCUUCACACCAUCACAACACCAAACAAAUUCGUCAGGCUGUACCAAGACGGAAGAGUGCUCUAUUCCUCACGGCUGACAAUUAAGGCUGGCUGCCCCAUGAACCUGGAGGACUUCCCUAUGGACACUCAGAGAUGCCCUUUGAAAUUUGGAAGUUUUGGCUACACGACAAAUGACGUGGUAUACAGAUGGAACGUGGCCAGAAAGGUGGACAUCGCCGUAGACAUGAAACUGUCCCAGUUUGACCUCAUCGCGACUCCUUCAGCCAACCAAACGGACGCUCUGCAGUCCGGUAGGACUGGCCUUGUCCUCUUUACCAUCUGUGAAUAUUCAAUGUUGAUUGUCAGUUUCCAUCUUCAGAGACAUAUGGGAAACUUCUUGAUUCAAGUUUAUGGACCUUGCGUUUUGUUGGUCGUCCUCUCGUGGGUCUCAUUUUGGCUGAACAGAGAAGCAACAGCUGACAGAGUUUCUCUCGGAAUCACGACUGUUCUAACAAUGACGUUCCUGGGGCUUGAAGCGCGUACCGAUCUACCCAAAGUGCCAUAUCCCACAGCGCUGGACUUCUUUGUGUUCCUAUCAUUUGCGUUCAUAUUUGCGACAAUAAUCCAGUUUGCAGUGGUUCACUACUUCACAAAGUACGGUUCUGGCGAAUGCUACUUCAGCUCAGACCUCAGCUCAGAUUCAAGUUCUGAUGAUGAAGAUCGGACUCAAGGCAAGGGACGGAGAAGGCCAACUGAUUCAGGCGAAGCAAAGGGUGACGGUGACAAUGCAGGUGGCUUCCUUAAUACCUUCAGCUCCCCUAACGGGGACACUGGGACCAGCAAUCGACUGCUAGAGGUGAUACCUCUCUCUGCUUGCCAAAUCACACCUUCAGCCAUCACCAGUAGCAGGCCGUCACACCAUCACAUAUGGUCAAUGGCCUCCUGCUUAAAGGGCACAGCGGUUUCAGGCACUGGAAAUGUGGGAAGCAGUGUUGGUAGAACUGCCUACACACCAACAAUCAGCACAUCAAACAUUCCUAGACUCAGCAUUCAGGGACAGUUUAAGAAGAGACAUAAGAAGCGAGCACCAAGAUACAACUCUGUCUCCAAGAUAGACCGUGCAUCACGUAUUGUCUUCCCUGUCUGUUUCCUAGCUUUUAAUGCUUUCUAUUGGUAUUCCUAUUUAUCGAGAAGCAAACGCAUCCAACAGAUGCGGUCAGGUGAUAUACCAUAAUGCUGUAUUUUGUGUUGCAUAACUAACUUGAAUAAAUCCCAAACAACAGGGUAUAUCAUUCAUUAACAAAAUGUGUCAUUACAAAGUUCUCAAUUGUACAUUGCACCUACUUUAGCAGACUUAUUUCAUCCUAUAACUAACAUGGCAGAGAGCCCAAGUUCAAUCUCAGAGGAGUUCAUAUGGCAUUUAUGGUGGACAAAGUGAGAUUGGCGUUGGUUUUUCUCCAAGAACUUUGGUUUCUCCUGCCAAUGCUCCACAUUCAUCAGCAGCUGGUAUUACUGGCCCAUUUGAGGCCAUGGUACCAAAGAACUCAAAGUCAUUCUGAAUGUGAGAUUCAUGGUGAUAUUGUUUACACAUGGAACUUAAAAUAUGUUGAAAAUAAUCAGCAACAGGAACACUGUGUUUACCAUAUCAUUUUAAAUGAGCUCACAAUGGGAUAAAAGAAAUAUCUUACUUUUUAUAAUUCUGCCAUUACUUCAAAUGAAGUAUCAGUAGCAAACAAGACAUGUGAAUAUGUACAACACUUUAGGUUACCCUCCCUUCCUUUUAAUAAAAAUUGUUGAAUUAAAAAAUGACUAAAAACAUCCAAUAUAAUUCUUGUUCUUGGGUCUUCAAGGUUGGAGCUUAAGGCUUCACCUUUCAUGAAUAUGUGGCACCAAAUGCUUUUCAUUUUAGCAAAUACUGCAGCUACCAUUCAUAACCUGAGGUCGUAUGCAUCUCAUAUAUUUUCUCUCAAUACAGUAUUAUUAAUGCUAAAACGAUAUGAUUAAUGUUAACAUGUUUUACUAUUAUUUUAAAUGUAAAAAAAAAAGCAUUCAAUAAAAGCGUUUAAAGUCUCAUGUAGAAGUGAAGGACUCUGAUCAACUUACAGUUAACACAAAUAUUGCUAAAUUAUCACAUUCAACCCUUAAAAAAAUCAUUUCAAUGUGACCAUGUUCAAUUAAUACAUUUUGGUUGGUUUGAGAAACUCUCUGUGGGGGAUAAGGAAACCAGUAUAUUUCCCUGUGUUCACUUUAAGCUGUUUCACCCUCUGUGACUGCAGCAUGAACCAAGGCAUACCUGCAUGCUUGCUAAACUGGAGUUUCUACUCAAAUUUCUGUAUGUGAUUUUCAUAUGCCACACUACAAAAAUGUUUUCAGUUACCAAGUAUCCAAUAUAUAGUACGGUGUUGUGUAUUGUAACAGUGUAAUUUGGAGACAGCCCAAUAUUUUGGAGGAACAUAAUGCCUCCAUCUUCAAAGUAGAAGAGUGAGCCAGCCAGUAUAAGUCUCUAAACCAACUGAGCUAUCCUGGUUCCUUUAGUCAUAAUACAGUUUACAAUUUUUUAUUACUUUAGAGCAGCAGAAUUAAAGUAAAAUGGCGAAAAACUACUCCAUUUCAAUCAACUCUGCAUUUUCUCCCAUAAAAAUCACAUUUCAUAUAUACAAUCUCACAAAAAGAGAAUAAUGGAUGUUGUAUUUUAACGUCCUGUUGCACUGAUUUUCAUCCGU